UUUCGCUCAUACACACGGACUAGAAAUACAAUGGAAUGAGAAAUACCUACCACACAAGAUAGUGAAAGCGCAGAAAUAAUUUACCACGUGUUCCCUGUAACUCCAACUUUCCCAGAAGCUAUAGCUCUCUCGGGGAAUGUUUUGAUACAGUAUAAGUACGAGGCGUCCAAACAGAAAGUCCACAGCGGAAGACAACACAGCAGACUUCACAACACAGCAGACUUCACAACACAACAUGGCUUCCUCCAAGGCGAAAACAUUAGUGAUUUAUACAGGAGGGACAUUCGGAAUGAAAGACGACGGGGCAGGUCUGAAACCAGUAGACCGAUUCAAAGUCAGCGACGAAUUCAGCAGGAUCGUGCCCCUCAGUGACAUGAAAAAGCCUGAGGAGAUCAAAUCUCGCAAGGAAAUUAUGAGAAGGUUUACAACAAGAAAACAAGACUGGAAUGGAACCGUUGACGAGAGUCCGAUCACAUACGACGUUUACGAAUUUAAGAGGCUUAUUGACUCUUCGUUGAUGAAUCAAGAUGACUGGAAGAGCAUUGCUGAAACAAUACAGAAAUAUUAUGAGGAUUACGACGGCUUCGUGGUUGUCAUGGGAACGGACACAAUGGCCUACGCAAGUUCUGCUCUGUCCUUCAUGUUGGAGAACCUCAGUAAACCAGUUGUCUUCACAGGGGCGCAGAUUACAAUCUUUGACGCCAUGAGCGACGGACCGGAGAACCUCCUGUGUUCCCUCAUUGUCUCUACGCUGGACAUUCCUGAGGUGCUGCUCUGUUUCAACAAGAAAGCAUUCCGUGGUAACCGAGUCGUCAAGACAGACUGCGUGGGCCUUGACGCCUACACCUCGUCCAACAUGCCCCUCUUGGUGACACUGGACACUAGGGUGACACUGGACACUAGGGUGACACAGACGGAAAGCUUGGAAAAGCAAAUAGGAACGCUGCAGGUUCAGGAAAUGUAUCCCGAGGGUAAUGAAGUGGGUCUCUUGGUCAUCUACCCAGGAAUAACAACGGAACAGGUGAAAAACACCAUAAAGGACUUACAAGCGGUGGUUCUGCUGACAUUUGGGUCCGGCAAUAUUGAUGGCAAGAUAGUUCAGGCAAUGGUUGAUGAACAGAACAAUAGGAAACGCCUCUACAUCAACGUGACCCAGUGUCUAAAGGGAUCAGUGACUUCAUCCUACCAGGCGUCGAACGCCCUGAAAGAACUCGGAGCGGUCAAUUGCAGUGAUAUUACCACAGAGGCCGCCUUCACAAAACUCAGCUACGUGCUGGCAAAGGAACAAGACUUCGAAGAGCGGAAGAAGAUGAUGCGGACAAGCCGCCGUGGAGAAAUGUCCGAUGAAGACAGCGAGAGAGAAAACAGAAAUAGUGAGAAUAAUCAGGGCUUAAGCCAAAAUUAAAUACUUUUGUUUAACGCCGAAAUACUCCAGCGGUUUGUAAAUAAUUGCUAUUGCGCGGUGGUAUUUGUUGUAUUAUUUAUCAAAUUGCUAUCAUUUCAAAACUUGUCUACAAUGAGAUUACAUUAGUAUUUUACAUGCAAUACACAUUUUAUUUGUUAGUGAUUGACUCUGAGGUGGUCAGAUGAACUUUAUACAAUUGUGCAUAUUUUCUUUACAUAUGGCCUAGCAAACCAUGUCCGUUUAUAAUUAUAUACAUUUUGUACUGCUUUGUUUUGACAGCUCUUCUUGUUUAAACAGUUUAUGACUUUCAGAAGGGCAGGGUUGUGUUAUUUUGUCAAAGGGACGGCGGGGUAGCCUAGCGGUUAAAGCGUUCGCUCGUCACGAAGAUGACCUGGGUUAGAUUCUCCACAUGGGUGGUCAGGUGAUAGACUACCCCGAACCCAUUGUAACUCAUUUUAUACUUUCAGAGGACAUGAAUGAACACAACAGGCUUCUCUUGUGGAUUCAGGGCUGUGGGGUAGCCUAGUGGUUAAGCGUUCGUUCGUCACUCCGAAGGCCCGUGUUCGAUUCCCCACAUGGGUGUAAUGUGUGAAACCCAAUCCUGUCUUUGUUGAAAUGGUGGUAUGUAUAGCUUAGGAUCAAAUGUAAAAAUCACUGAAUAAAAUAUAGAUAU